AUGAAUUUGUGGUUUCUUGCACUCUGGAUCACCCUGGUGAAGGCCUGGGUCGUCAACCAAGGGACAACAUGCACUUUGUACCCCGAAGCGCUUGCUCUUAAAGGACAAGUCGUUGAUGAUGCUCCAUCUAUCCAGCAAGCUUUUGAUAUGUGUGGUACGAAUGGAACGGUUAUUUUCACCAAGAAUGUGUUCCAUGUCAAUACCGUUCUCAACACAACCAAUCUGUUGAACUGUGAUGUUCAUCUCCGCGGAGAACUACGCUUCUCUGACAACAUCCCAUACUGGAGAACUCAUGCGAUCAGUGUUGUUUUGCAGAAUCAAGUCACUGCUUGGCUCUUUGGAGGUAUAAAUGUGAACUUCUAUGGAGAGGGCGGGUUCUACAAUGGCCAGGGCCAAGCUUGGUACAAUGCAAACAAGAAUGAGUCGAACCAGCCAGGGCGGCCAAUGAGUAUUACAUUCUAUAACUCGACCAACCUACUUGUCGACAGACUGAGAAUCAUUCAACCGCAGUUCUGGGCUACAUUUGUCUGGGAUAGCAAGAAUGUAUCCGUUACCAACUUGUUCGUUAAUGCCACGAGCAACAGUAAAUGGGGUACGAUGAACACCGACGGUUACGAUUCCUGGAAGAGUGAUACCCUGCUUGUGGAAAAUGCCACUAUUAUCAACGGCGAUGAUUGUAUCGCAGCCAAGGGUAAUACGACGAAUUUAUACGCCAAAAAUAUUUCCUGCGAAGGCGGCACUGGAGUUACAAUUGGGUCUAUCGGUCAAUACCCAGAUACGCCCGACUACAAUCUCAAUACCACCUUUGAAAAUGUGAAAGUCAAAAACUCAAUGGAUGGCGCCUAUAUCAAGACAUGGCAAGGCACUCAGAUCUACACCCCUAGCAAUGGAGACUGGGGUGGCGGUGGAACCGGUCUUGUCAAGAAUAUUACUUUCCGCAACUUCGAAAUGGAAAAUGUGGGACUUCCGAUUCAGUUGUCACAAUGCGUUUACUCGGCCGGAACUAACAAAGGCUGCAACACAUCGACGUUGCAGAUCGAAGACGUGAAGUGGCAAAAUAUCCGUGGCACGUCACGCUUUAACAUUGCUUCGUCUAUCUAUUGUUCAGACGAGUGCCCAUGCCCCAAUAUCACCUUUGAUAAUGUGAACAUCACCAGCGUGAAUGCCACACGUGGUCUGCCAUUCUAUGGCACGGACAUUCAGCACGAAUUGUUCCAGUGCACAAACAUCAUUGGUCAGAACGACUCCGGAAUUCCCUGCAAUCAAGCCGCUCCUAGCAAUUUCAGUCAGUGGAUCUAUGGUAACGUCGGUAACCAGGGCCUGGCGACCUUGACUUGA